GCGUCUCUGCGCUGCCGGAAGCCGGAUUGCCCCGCGAAUUCUGUCAGUGCGAGCAACGCCAGACCGCUUCUCGCCGCUUGCGGAGAGCACAGAGCACCCCGGCCUGCGUGCGGCGGCGACUCCCGGGACCGGAUCGGGCAGCGGAGGGUCAUGGCUGAGGCGACCGCCGCUCCGACUUCUGAAUGGGACUCGGAAUGCCUUACAUCCCUGCAGCCCCUUCCUCUUCCUACACCUCCAGCAGUGAAUGAGGCACACCUGCAGACUGCAGCCAUCUCCCUGUGGACAGUGGUGGCUGCUGUACAGGCCAUAGAGAGGAAGGUGGAAGUCCACAGCCGCCGACUCCUCCACCUAGAAGGCAGGACAGGGACAACAGAGAAGAAACUAACCAGCUGUGAAAAGACAAUGACUGAGCUUGGGAACCAGCUGGAUGGCAAGGGGGCAGUGCUGGGGACCUUGCUGCAGGAGUAUGGGCUGCUGCAGCGGCGCCUGGAGAAUCUGGAGAACUUGUUGAGAAACAGGAACUUCUGGAUCCUGCGGCUGCCCCCAGGUAUUAAAGGCGAUAUCCCAAAGGUGCCUGUGGCAUUUGACGAUGUCUCCAUCUACUUUUCCACCCCAGAGUGGGAAAAAUUAGAAGAAUGGCAAAAAGAACUUUACAAGAAUAUCAUGAAGGGCAACUACGAGUCUCUCGUCUCCAUGGAUUAUGCCAUGAAUCAACCUGAUGUCUUAUCUCAGAUUCAACCAGAAGGAGAACACAGUACAGAUGACCAACCAAGACCAGAGGCAAGUGAGAUUCCUGCAGAUGCCAGUGAAGAUCCUGGCCUUUCAACCUCAGAUAUUCUGUCUUGGAUUAAACAAGAGGAAGAGUCUCAGGUUGGAGUCCCCCAGGAGUCCAAAGAGAAUGACCUAUAUAAGGGCUCCUAUGCUGAUGAAGAACUUGUCAUCAAAGCUGAAGACCUUGCUAGAGCCUCCCUGUGCCCUGAAGUUCCAGUCACCUUUUCUGCACCCCCACCACAAGCAGCCAAGGAUACAUUUUCCGAUGUAGCUUUCAAAAGCCAGCAGUGUGCACCCAUGACACCUUUUGGAUGUACAGCCACUGACCUGCCUGAAGCCUCAGAAGGACAAGUGACCUUUACUCAGUUAGGAAGCUACCCACUCCCACCUCCAGUUGGAGAGCAGAUAUUCUCAUGCCACCAUUGUGGCAAGAGUCUCAACCAAGAUAUGUUAAUGACACAUCAAUGUAGCCACGAUGCUGAACACCCCUUAACCUGUGCCCAGUGUCCCAAGCACUUUGCCCCACAGAUAGAUCUCGGUAGCACCUCCCAGGACCAUGCCAGUGAAACACCACCCACCUGUCCUCACUGUGCCCGGACCUUCACUCACCCCUCAAGACUCACAUACCACCUUCGGGUCCACAACAGCACUGAGCGCCCUUUCCCCUGUCCUGAUUGUCCUAAGCGCUUCGCUGACCAGGCUCGACUCACCAGCCAUCGGCGAGCUCAUGCUACCGAGAGGCCCUUCCGUUGCCCACAAUGUGGUCGUAGCUUUAGCCUGAAGAUCAGUCUCCUGCUGCACCAGAGAGGACAUGCACAGGAGCGCCCCUUCUCCUGUCCUCAGUGUGGCAUUGACUUCAAUGGCCACUCUGCACUGAUUCGUCACCAGAUGAUCCACACAGGCGAGCGUCCCUACCCAUGCACAGAUUGUAGCAAGAGCUUCAUGCGUAAAGAACACUUGUUAAACCACCGGAGGCUGCACACAGGUGAGCGGCCUUUCCAGUGUCCACAAUGUGGCAAGAGCUUCAUCCGCAAACACCACCUCAUAAAGCACCAGCGCAUCCACACAGGCGAGCGGCCCUAUCCCUGCACAUUGUGUGGAAGGAGCUUCCGCUACAAGCAGACGCUCAAGGACCAUCUGCGGACCGGUCACAGUGGAGGCUGUGCUGGUGAUAGGGACCCUUCCACACAGCCACCAGACCCACCUGGUCCACUCUUAACUGCACUGGAACCCUCUGGCCUAGGUGUUAGCACUGAAGGUCUAGAAUCUAGUCAGUGGUAUGGGGAAGGGAAUGGAGGAGUGGUUUUGUAGACCUGUGGCUCAUUGGUUAUUUAUGUUCACAGCAGAGCAGAAGGUCGAGGAGAAAGCCUACAAGCUCCACAACCCACAGUAAUUAUUAUCUGGUACAUAAAGGAAUUUGGGAGUCUGCACUCAACUAGAGACAUGCUUGUGCUUUGGAAGUCCACAAGAGCCCAAGAAUACCAUAUUUUGAAAAGUGGAAGAGAAUCCAACAUUCAUGUCUUUUCAGAUACCACAAAAGCAGGGUUUGGGAAUUGAGAUUUGGCUUCUGAUCAUUCUGUCAGGAUAGCAGAGUAAGAAUUGCCUCUAGGUAGAGAGAGAUGCAUGGAAAGAACCUCCAAACCUCAAAGCCAUCUGGAGGCAUGAGAAUGCCCCAAGCCUUUCUUUAAUUCCUCAGUGAUGAGAUGACUAUUGGGGGAAUGUGCUUUAGCUGCUUGUUAUGUUGCUGUGUCUCUAAAACCAGCUAAGUUCUGUUCAUACCUAUGUAGUCACCUUUCCCUGAAACAUGAUGAUUGAGGCUGCCUUCCUAAGCCUAGAUUCUGUCUGCUAAUACAUUUUGUUUAAUGUUGGUGAACAAAAAAAAAAAAAAAAAAAAUCCGACUUUGAUAGUUUAUUUAAAGGGACAGUUCUUAGUUUUCACUAGCUUGAUUUGAAACAUUCAGACUCUUGUAGCAGCUUUUAAAAGGGUAGAGAACUUUACCACAGUCCUAGUUAAAAAAUUAGGAAGAGUUUAGGAGCUAAAGAUCCCAGAGAUCCCAGAUACAACAUUGAUAUCAUAGCCUAAAAGUCUGCCUGAAUCUUGAGUGUAGAGGCAUUUAUAUCAAUUUAUCCCUUCUCUUUUCUAAGCCGGUGAUCUUGUUUUUCAAUUUCUGAUGUUUGACAUUCUCUCUCUCUCUCUCUCUCUCUCUCUCUCUCUCUCUCUCUCUCUCUUUCUUUCUCCAGAGUCUCACUGUAUAUCCUCGCCUAGAACUUGCUUCAUAGACCAGGCUGACCUUGAACUCUGUGGGAUCUGCCUGCCUCUGCCUCAUGUUCUGGGUAUACCAUCAUGCCCAACCUGGUUUUCUUUACAAUCCUCACAGUGCUUUGCCAAGGCAUCCAGCACUUCAGGAAGUGCCACUGAGCUCAGGGCUUUUGUUCCCUCAGUAGUGUCAUAGCAGUGUUGUAAUGUGAUGCUCUUGAGGAAAGGAUUUGCAUCUCUUCUGCCUGCUCCCACCUCCCUGCUCUCACUUUACCCCACAGAGUGAGACCCCUCCUCAGUCACUGAGAACUAAAUGUCAUAUCUGCCUUACCUUACCCGUUGUGCUGUUUUUAGGCAGGGCUUCACUAUGUAGCCCUGGCUGGCCUGGAACUCUGAUCUGCCUCACUCUGCACUCACUCUGCAUCCAGAGUGCUAGGAUUAAAAACAAGCACUAUCAUACUCAGCCACCUGUUGUACUUUGAGGGGUCAUGGCUACCAUGCGUUCUUUUCUUGGGCUCACUUAGUCAUCUGAAAGCAUCUGAACCUAUUCUAAGUGUCCUAAGUGUUCAUGCAAACUGGUGUGUCCUCUUCCUUUUUCAGCUUUCAUAUUUUUACCACCAGAAUGAAGUUGUUAAAAGAAAGUAAGCCCCUAGAACCUUUUUAAAAGAAUCUUGUGAUACAGUUCUUUUCUGCCAAAAUCCUGUUCUUCCUUUGUCUUCUGUCCAGACAAAGCCAAAUGAGUCAGAAAAACCAAAGCAGAGAAACUCAUGUGGAAACUUGGUGGAAAUCAGCUUGUCUUGUUGUUCUGCUCUUAGUGGGCCCUAAAGUAGAAUACAGAGAAUGUAGAAGUCCUAUAUUUGGGACAGGAAGCUGUUUAUUCCUACAUCCCUUCAUUCUCCCAGAGCCUUCUAUGAUGUCUAGAAUGUGACCUAUAACUGUUUAUACAUGACAUUUUCUAGAUAAGGAAGAAAAUACUUUCUCCUUAUUACUAGGCUCAACCUUCAAUUUUCAUAGUUAGUGUAACCAUGGUAGGAGAUGGUGUUUGCCUAGUUACUGUUCUCCUGUCAAAGUUCUGCCUGAACAUGCUGCUCUUCAGGAUAAUCAUGUAUAUAAAUCACUGUUUUGUGACAAUAAUACCAAGGAUUCCAGGAGACAUAAGAAGUGCGUGUGAGACCAAGUCUAACUUUAAACUUGUUGGCAGGGAAACUCCCACAGGGACAGACAAGACAGAUGAUGGAAGAACUGUGGUCUGUUGGGAUAAAGAGCUUAGCCAGGACCUGGGCCAUCCCACAGGAAAACUUGGAAAUUCUGAAAUUCCAAAAUCAGGUUCCAGCUUCAUUAAUGGCCCACUAGUGACUUGAAUGUGAUAUUUGCACCUGAAAAAGAAGGAAUCAAAGCAUUAUCCUCAGGGUGAGCUGAAGAAGAGAUACCUACUGAAGCUGUGGUGUGGAGCUAGAUAACAUGUAAAGUUCAUCUGAACUCAACAGAUUUACCAAGAACACAAAUGUUAAUGUGAGGCCUGUAUACCAGAAUGAUACCAACAGAUCCCAGGGCCUGUCUGUUAGGAGCCAUAGCCAGGAAGGAUCUGAACAGGCCAAAAAAAAAAAAAAAAAGAAUAUAGCUCAAAUGCCAACCAAACAAGAGCCAUAAAACCAAAAAAAAAAAAAAAAAAAAAAAAAGGGAAUGUGCAGGGCCAUCCCAAAAACUUGGAAGCAUGUGGAAUCCUUAGUCUGGUUCAAAAUAGGGACUUCAGCUGUUGUAUAGUCAAUUCUUUCCAUUCACCAAUCUCCUACAAGUAUAACCUAUUUGUCAAAGAUUCAAAAGUGGCUCAUUGGAAAAUAUAAAGUUCAACAGAAGUUUUCAGCAAGUAGAAUCUCUUUGUCUACCCAGUGUCUUGAAAGAAACUAUACAUUUAACCCUGCAACUAAAGAGGCACCUGGAGCCUGGUGCUCAUGACCAGUCACUGCAAGGAAAAGGAAACCCCAGAAGUGUUCUACUGAUUUGCCUGUCCCCUGCUUGAUGGCCCAAAAACUUUCUCAGAAUGCAUCCAGGAGUUGGCUCUAACUAGAUUUACUCUUUACUUGCUAGAGUUUUUAUUGUCAACAUUGGAUGAGCCUCUGGUUCAGCCACAAAUAUGAAAAUAAAUAUAAGUUGGUUACCUGUUUAGAAAGUGAAA